AUGGCAGCUGCAACAUCCGCCCACGGCCGCUACCCUCUCUCCACGGCCCGCCCCAUUUCACCAUCCUCGGUCAAGGUGGCCGCUCAAAUCAACCCCAAAUCCCUCUCGCCGCCGAUAGCUAUAUCCACAAACCCAGUGCACAUCAACCUAAAUCACCUCAGAGAGCUCUACGCGGCCUGCAACCUAUCCGGCCAUCGAUUCCCCGCCGUCGAUGAUUCCGGCGGAUUCGAACCCAUCGACGAGAUAAAGCUCCGAACCGCCCUUUCCCACAGCCCCUUCGUCGUGUCGGCUUUCACCAGGCCCGAAUUUUUAACGACCGAUUCGGAGGAGGUGACGAAUUUCAUCGGUUUGAGCGGAGGUUGGAUGAGAAAGCUGGCUCGGGUGACGCCGGAGAAUGGACGGCUGGUAGGGUUUGUUCGCGCGGUCUCUGAUUUGGGAUUGACGGCUGCCAUCUAUGAUGUCAUGGUUCACCCGGCUUUACGAGGUCAGGGAAUUGGUCGGAUGAUAGUUAAAAGAAUCGUAAGAAUGCUUGCUAGCAGGGGGAUAUAUGAUAUAUCUGCACUCUGUACUGGCAGUGAAAGGCUAUUCUUCAGUGCAUGUGGAUUUGGGGAAGAUAUAUUGGGUUCGACCACAAUGAUGUAUACACGUUCGGCCUCUAGUAACUCCAACAAUGAGCAAGCUGUAUCAGCUGUUGGAUGGAUAGAUCCUGAAAACAAGUACUGCACAAAAAUUGACACCUCAGGGAAUGGAAAUCCGGUUUGGAAAAUGAAGUUUUCUGCGGCGGUUGAUCUUUCUGAUGAGUCCAAGUUUCAAGAUUUGGCUUUACAUGUUGAGGUCCACAGUCGGGAGCCAAUAUUUCUCAAGCGGAGCCUCUUGGGCUCGGCUACCAUUGUUCUGAAGGAAUUUCUCAACAAGUUUGAUUUGAAAUCGGAUGUUUCGAAGCCUGUGGAGGAAGUCGGGAGCUUUCAGCUGAGGAAAAAGAGUUCGAACAAGCCUCUCGGAUUUGUGGAUGUCUCGAUCCGAGUUUCAGAAGAAAGGGAGGAGCCUGGCUCGUCGUAUUUAGGCGGCGAAGGCUUUCAUUUAAAUGAUCACAAGGCCAGCAACAACCUAGCUAGCGGCUAUGGAUCUCCACACAUUCCCCCUUCCCAACUCCCUUCAUCCUCAUUCCACCAACCGGAAAAAAACCACGUGAACCCAUUCCCUCAAAAUUACCAACCGGAAACCAGCCAGUCGAAUCCAUUCCCUCCAAAUCACCACCAGCGGCCGAUCUCUGGACCAUACUACCCUGGGCCCACUGGGCCCGGCCACUACCCUUCUCGACUGCCGCCACCCCCUUCUAACGUGAGCUACACUCCUAGUGUCUUUCCCAUGAACACGAACUAUGGGCCUAGCAGCUACAUAAGCAUGCCAUCUUCACUUGGCCCAUCGGGUCUACACGGGCGGCCCGGUUUUGGGAUGGGAGUUGGCGCGGGGGCACUAGCAGCUGGAGCAGUGAUCUUUGGCGAUGAUUUCAUGUCAGGAUUCGAUGUUCCUGGCCCUUCGGGAGAUGUUGGUGUCUCCAUAUCGACCUACCCUCCGUUCUAG